AUGGCAACAGUUGUGAAAAAGUUGAAUAUACUUUGCUUGCACGGGUAUUUCCAGGAUGCUAUGGUCAUGAAAGAGCGAAUUCCUGCUUUAUACCGCAAGUUGAAGUCUAUCGCAAAUUUCUACUAUUUAGAUGGUCCUUAUGUAGUCAAUAGCAUGGAGGGCUAUAAACCGGAAUUAGGUGAUACGAAAGUGGGUAAAGCAUGGUGGAUUCAGGACGCCGAUAAGAAUUAUCCCCAGUUCAAUGACACGGUUGACUAUGUCUUGAAGUGCUAUGAGGAGAAUGGUCCAUUUGAUGGCAUCCUUGGCUUUUCCCAGGGUGCUGGGUUAGGACUUUUCUUAGCUGCUCUUCAAGAAAAGGGAGAUAUUGCUACUGACUUCAAGUUUGUGAUUAGUUACAGCGGUUUUUAUCCUUCGGACAUAUCCCUUCAGAAAACGAUGGAUUCCAGAAUGAUUAGCAUUCCUACAUUGCAUCUUAUCGGGAAAGAGGAUGAUCGUGUGGAGCCCCAAAGCUCUGAAAAGGUUGCGAAAUGCUUCAUAGACCCUAUCGUGAUAUAUCAUGAAGGAGGGCAUUAUAUGCCUCAGAAUGGGGAAAUAAAAGAAAAGAUCUACCAAUUUCUUUUACAGUUUUUAAAUAUGGAUUGUACUGUUUGA